AGAAUUAGACAAGCUCAAGCAAGGGCGGUACGAAAAAAGCGCCUUCAGAAAAGCAGUCAGCUUGCGAACAAGCGUCAACGUCAAAAUGCUACAGUGGAGCAGUUUUCUCCUUCUACUUCUGGCACUGGGCUUUUUCGAAGUUUUCAGCCAAACCGUAGAUUCAUGCCUGGGGCUACCUCUGCUUGGAGCGCAGGACCAAAGCCAACGGACUUGUGCUUUGCCUGCGGGAAACCAGGCCAUUGGAGACGCAACUGUGGACAGCAAAGGCAGGCAGUGGUGGGAGGAAAAGAACCAGCAGGGGGUAGUACAACUCAGCCCCGACAGUGGUGAAUCAGACGACUCACAUAGUGUAGCAGAAAAUGUAAAUACAGAAACAGGAUGCGAGCCAAGUGGGCUGUGGUGCAUGGACAGUCGGAUGUGGAGGGGAGUUGGUCCUGCAAAGGAAUUGGUCGAGCGCUGAAGAAACCAAAAGUUCCACGUGGAGGGAAUUACAGGCGGUUUCCCUCGCUUUGCAAGCAUUUGCGAAGAGUUUAGAGGGUAAAGUAGUGAAGAAAAUAUAAAGACGAUGAGUACUCUUCAACGUUGGCCAUGAUUCUUGACGCAUCAAGAGCCCCCAGCACCACUAAAAAAUACAACGCUGCUUUUGCCGCAUGGCAACAAUGGUGUAAGGUGGAGAAGAUCAAUCCGUUACCAGCCAAUGCCAAUGACGUGUGUCGUUAUUUUAUACAUCUCUUCAAUAUUGGUGCUCCAUUCUCGAGAAUCGAAUCAGUUUUCUAUGGCCUAAAAUGGCGUCAUGAUUGUUUUGCGGACUGUAAAGAAAACCCAUGUGACAGUAAAUUUUUACAUAAUGUAUUGCAGGGAUUAAAAAGAAGAUUAGCUAAACCUGUUGAGAAGAAAGAACCCAUUACACCAGAAAUAUUAAAGGCUGUCAUAGACAAGUACGCAGUUCUGAACAGUCUGUUAGAUAUUCGAUUAUGUACUAUGUUGCUUAUUUCAUAUGCAGGUUUCUUGCGUCACAGUGAACUUAUCAACAUCAGAAGAUGUGAUCUCCAAUUACAUUCCUCAUAUGUUAAUAUCUUCAUAGUUAAAAGUAAAACUGACAUUUUUAGACAAGGAGCCUGGGUGAUCAUUUCAGCAACAAAUACAUCUACGUGUCCAGUCAGAAUGUUAAACAGAUACCUAAUCCUUGCAGAUCUUGUAGAUGAAGAUUCAGAUGAAAGUUUCCUUUUUCGACCAGCUAAUUAUAUUCGAACAGAGAACAAGUACAAACUAAGAUCAGGGCAAUUAUCAUAUUCAAGAUGCCUUGAUAUAUUUAAAAGCGCCUUGUCUUCGGUAGGAGUCAACCCCAAGCGUUUUGGACUGCAUAGUCUUAGAGCUGGGGGAGCAACGGCUGCGGCUCGUAUUGGUGUGCCGGACAGGCUUUUUAAGAAACACGGACGUUGGCGUUCGGAGACGGCAAAGGAUGGCUACGUCCACGAGUCGUUGGAAGACAGACUUUCUGUAUCCAAAAUGCUGGGUUUAUAGAUAGUUUAUCAGCUGUAUGUUGGUUCAGUAAGUUGUAAUAUGGGCAUUUCAAUCCCUGGAUGUGUUAAAAAGUGGAAAUAAAACUUGAUGUUUCCUGAUUAUGAUUGUAUUAAAAAACCCUUAUUUCCCGCUCUUUAAUUCCUGAGUAUGAUAAUGUGGAAUAAAUAAUAUGGGCAAUGCUUGCCAUCGAA